CAGGCGGAGCUGCUGGAGGGGGGCAGCCCGCCCAGCCGGGGAGCGGGGAUGGGUGCUUGAAAGGGGAAUCUGUGGCCGGAGGAGGGAGAGCGGGACAAGUGGCUGGGGCGAGCGUGCCCCGCUGGCGCAGGCUUCCCGGCAGGGACCUUUGUGGCGCGGCUCAGCCCGACGGGAGAGCGCCUAGCAUGGAGCCCGUUACCAAGUGGAGCCCAAAGCAAGUCGUGGACUGGACCAAAGGCUUGGAUGAUUGCCUGCAGCAGUAUGUCCCCAAAUUUGAACGGGAGAAGAUAAAUGGUGAACAGCUGUUACAGAUUUCCCAUCAAGAUCUUGAAGAGUUGGGUAUCUCACGAAUUGGACACCAGGAACUGGUUCUGGAGGCAGUGGAUCUUCUUUGUGCACUGAAUUACGGUCUUGAAACAGACAAUAUGAAGAACUUGGUUCUCAAAUUGCGAGCUUCUUCCAACAACCUGCAGAAUUAUAUCAGCAGCCGGAGGAAAAAUUCAAAUUAUGAUGGAAAAACAUCACACAAACCCCCCAAUGAAUUCCUCACCUCAGUGGUGGAGCUUAUUGGUGCUGCUAAGGCCUUGCUAGCUUGGUUGGACAGGGCCCCAUUUACAGGGAUUGCUGACUUCUCAGCGACAAAGAACAGAAUCAUUCAGCUCUGCUUGGAUCUCACCACCACGGUUCAGAAGGAUUGCACUAUGGCUGAAAUGGAAGAUAAAGUUCUACAUGUAUCCAAGAUUUUAAAUGGAAUUUGUGAUAAGAUGAUCAGAUCAACUACAGAUCCAUUGAUGAGCCAGAGUGCAUGUCUGGAGGAGGUUCAUUUAACCAACAUUAAACCUGGGGAAGGCCUGGGAAUGUAUAUCAAAUCAACUUAUGAUGGAUUACAUGUAAUUACUGGAACUACAGAAAAUUCCCCUGCUGAUAGAUCUCAAAAGAUUCAUGCUGGUGAUGAGGUGAUCCAGGUUAAUCGUCAGACUGUAGUGGGAUGGCAACUAAAAAACCUUGUAGGAAAGUUGCGAGAGAAUCCUUCCGGAGUUAAACUGCUACUUAAGAAACGUCCUACAGGCUCUUUUAAUUUUACUCCAGCCCCACUGAAGAACCUACGCUGGAAACCACCACUUGUACAGACCAGUCCUCCUCCAACUACAACUCAGUCACCAGAAAGCACCAUUGAUACAUCAAUGAAGAAAGAGAAGCCAGCCAUCCUGGACCUCUAUAUACCUCCACCACCAGCAGUUCCGUAUUCUCCUCGGGAUGAGAAGGAGAGUCUCGUUUAUGGAGGAGGUUAUAAACCUAAGCAGCCAUUACCUGGCUCCAAGGGUGCAGAGUCUCCUAAUUCUUUCCUCGAUCAGGAAAGCCGAAGGCGAAGGUUUACCAUUGCUGAUUCUGAUCAGUUGCCUGGGUAUUCCAUGGAAGCAAAUAUACUGCCAACAAAGAUGAGGGAAAAAACACAGUCUUAUGGAAAACCUCGCCCUCUGUCGAUGCCUGCAGAUGGGAGCUGGCUGGGAGCUGCAGAUCCUUUCUUGAGGCCCCGAGCACCAGGGAGAAAAGGUGAAGAUGUCCUCUGCAGGUAUUUCAGUAAUGAGAGGAUACCCCCAAUCAUUGAAGAAAGUUCCUCCUCGCAGCAACAUUUUGCAAGGCCAGUGGCUGACAGGCAGUUAGUGAGGGGCGCAGACUACAUCAGAGGUAGCAGGUGCUUUGUGAACACGGAUCUUCAUAACAGUGCAACUAUACCUUUCCAGGAGGAAGGAGCUAAAAAACUCUCUGUUACAUCACCCACAAAAUCUUCCUCCACAGAGCCCUCGCUACUGGUCAGUUGGAUCACAAGACUUAAACUGUUGACUCACUGAUUGUUUAAUAGAAUGUGUUCUCAUCUUCUGUUACCAAGUGCCUUUGUUCCUCAGUCAGACUUCUUGCUUUUCAGCUACAGUAUUACAUAGUGACUGGUGUGUUGAUCUAUUCCUGGAGAGUUGUACCCAUCUCCCCUUUUUUGGCUCUAAUAUACUGGAACAGACAGGAUUGGAUAAUGUGAGAUGGAAGUGGGAUAAAGGUCUAGUUUCUUUUUCCUGCCCCAAAGUUGAGGGAAUUCAUUCCUCUGGAAACAAGUAAGGCUUCAGUGAAUCAGAGGUCAUAUCUGGUCUGAAAUCUGUAUGACCUGUGCAGAAGCAAUCGAUGCAUUACAAUGAGGUCCAGUGGCACUUCAUUUGCUAAAAUGCUCUGAUGCACAACCUACUGGCUUGCCGAAUAUGUAGGGCUCAGUGAAAAUCCAGAGCUGUUCUGACCACAAAGGCAAGAGGGGAAACAUCUAUUUUGUAUAAUAAUGUGGUGUUGUGGCAAGUACUGCUGCACCUUUAACUUUGUAAGGAAUAAAGGUAGCUUCUUCUCUCUGAUAACCAGAGAACUGUGUUAAGAAUAUAUUAAACCUGGUUUAUAAUCCAGUUAUUGAGAUCUCAGUACAAGCAAACUAGUGUUCUCUGACUUGCUGCAGGGCUCAUCCAUAAAGAUGUGGAUUGCUACAACAUGCCAAGAAAGAGCAUCUAUAGAGGUGGUAAAAGAAAUGUAUUUUUUUCUUUCAUUGUUUAAGAAUGAUUUGCUGUUAACCAAAGUAUCCAUAUAAAAACAAACCCUGUUGGUUUUAUGGAACCUCUACAGUGGUUCAGUUUUUGAACUGAUAGAUAUGUGUUUUCAGAAAGAAAAAUAUGCUGGGAUACGUUACAGUAGUAAGACACCUGGCUAUUUUUAAAUGUAGCUCCAGUUUUUCACCUUUAAAAGUCUCAAGUAGCAGCUGGUAUUGGGGGAGGGGGAAAAAGCUUGUAAAAUUAUGGUUAUUAAAGAAUCAUUGUUUAAAACUGAAUGUACAAGAGGUUGUUAGUAUGCAAAAAAGUGUUUAAUUUAAGUGUUAAAUAUAGCUGUAUAUUUUUUUUACUCUUAACCAUAUGUAGUUUGUACAUUCCUAUCUACAGCACUGUGCACUAAUUAACCAGUGCCAAAAAACAAAUACUGUUAUGUUCUCCAUUAAAUCAACUGCCAAAUGCUGCAUUGGGUGAUCUUGCAGUAAUGACAGAGCCUCCUGUGUUCCAUCUACAUUAAAGAAAGGAAAAACAGUU